CGCGCAGAAAAUCAGGAGUGUCCUACUUCCGUUUUCUUCGUAUUCUAAAAAUAAACAUGGCACCUUCUACGAUUGUCACUUUUAUUUCCCUAUUACUGUUGGUUGUAACUUUGGCUGCGGUAUCAGCCAAAAGUAAAUAUACAUUUGCAACAAUCGAGAGUUGUAGUGGAUGUUCCUUGAAUCGACUUCCGGAUAUCAAGAAAUUUAUAUUCGAGGAUGUACCAAAAUAUAACAAUGUUGAAUUUAAGCAUAUUCAAGGUGCAAGUCCAGAACUUGUCCUUUAUGAUGAGAAUGAAGAGGAGGUGGAGAGAUUAAAUUUAGUAAGCCUUACACGUGACGAGUGUAAUGAUUUACUCUUAUCUAAAGGUUUUAAGAAAUCUAUUCCUAAAAAGGAUGAAAUAUAAUUUGUGAAAUAGAUAUACUUAAACUUUUAUGCUCUUCAAAGAAAUCAAUAUAUAAUUCUGAGUUGCAUUUCUAAUUAAAUAUGGUUAGAAAGCUUCUUAUACAUUUUAUUAAGUUAAAUGAACAAUAAACAAAACAUUUGAAAUGUUCUUCUUCGAUUAUAUAUUGAAAGAAAAUAAUUUAUCAAUAUAUACUAUUAGAGAGAUAAUAGAGUUUAGCAAUAAUAUUAACUCUGCACAUAAUAAUAGUUACAUAAAGAUUUUUCAAUGCACAAAUUGCUACUUUUCAUUGACACAUUAACACGUAGGCAAGGGAAGCAUAUAUUUACCCUUGUGGAGCUACAACCUGUGAUAUGAUUACUAGAACCAUGAAAUAACAAAAUUGUUCAUUGUGGCAUAAUUGGGCUUUUUUGUUGGAAUAAUAUUCUAUUAAUUUUAUGAUUAAAUUUAUUAGAACAUAGCUGACAAAAACAAAUGUAGGUUAUAUAAAUAGUGCAUUUAUGCAAAUAUAUUAACAGCACAAUUAAGUAAUUAUAAUGCAACAAUUUUAUUCUUAAAGUCAGUGCAGUAUAAAAAAAUAAGAUUGAUUUCACGUUUACUAUCUUUAAAGAUAAAUAUGUAAGUAGUUUUAGUUAGACUGUACACUACAAGUUACAAAUGUUACAAAUAAUUUAUUGAAUUUAAUAUUUUGCAACAUUUGUUGCUUUUUUAUGUACUACUUAUCAAUAAAUGAAUUAAAAGAAAUGAGAUUUUGUAGAUAAUACUUUUACAACUAUAGCACAAACAAAUAAAUCGUUAUUAGGUUAAAAUAAAAAAUAGGUAAAUCAUAUCAGAGCGAAUAACACUCGCAAAUAAUUAUUUGUAUUUCAACUUUCUGUUUAUAACCAUAAUAUAUUACAAUAUUAUAUAUGUUGUAUAGCUGUGUAUUAAUAUUAAUAUUCAUAUUCUUACAUAUUGAUAUAAUAUUGAACUACUUUAAUAUAAUUUUGAUUUUAUAGGUUAUAUACAUAUGCGAUCCAAUAUAGUAGUAAAAUUGGCCAUAAUCAUAAAAAGCAGUUUUGAGAUUCUUAUUCUAAAAAAAGCAUGUAUUCGGAAUGUACUACUAACUAGGGUAGUACUUUUUUCUAAGCUGUAUUUAAUGUAAUAGGAUAUAUUUUAU